UGAUAUUGAGAACUAACCAAAAAGUGUUUUCAAAACACUGUUUUAAGUUGUUUACAUUUUACAAGAAACGUUUAAUCAUGAGAGCUUUAUUAUUCCACCCGAAAUUGUUCCGAAAUAUCCUAUUCAUCGAAAACCCCCUAUCACCUAGCUAUCAGAGAUUCACUCACACCUUUCUGUGUAAGAAUGCAACACUGAAAAAUGGAAAUGAUCCUUCCAGACUUGGAUUCGCAUCAUCUUAUCAAGCGCCUCGCAAAAGUGUUACUUUCUGUUUGACCGAUAAUCUAGUCAAUCAUUUUCAUCAGUUAUCUAAAUCAUUUUUUCGUUUUUAUGCUGAUCUGACAAGGAUAAAAUUGUUGUCCCUGUAUCUCAAAUGUAUUUCACCUGCUAAUCAAACCUGGCAAACAAAUGUGUUGCAUUUCUCUGGACAAUCUAAAUCUGGAGAUGGCGGUUCGGAGAAUCCUUUGGGUGAUGAAUUUGAAAAGUUGACUCAAAAUCUUCCCCCAUUAUUGAUGGAUUUUGUGGACCCAAUCACUACUCCAGGUCCUUUUCUAGCGCUCCGCAACAUUUUUUCUGUACUUUUCGUCAUAAGGCCUUUUUAUGAUCCUUCAUUUUCACAUCAAGUUGUUUUGGAUGGUGCAAAACAGGCUCUUUUUGUGAUUUCUGAUAACUUGUCACGAGCAGAUACCAAUACGCUUGAAGGGUUAAUCGCUCCUAAGGCAUUAGAGGUUGUUAAAGAAAAUCUUGUUAAAUUUAAUCCUACACAAUUGGCUGACCUGAAAGUCGAAGAGCAGGAUGUCGUUUUCUGGCUCGCUAAAGAAAUCAAAACUAUAGAAGAAGCGGACAGAAAGUUCAUAGAAUUUACUGUAAUCUUUCACGUAAUCAGGGAUCAUCAAGAAAAGAUGGCCAACCCAGAAAAACGUUCAUUCUUCAUGCCAGACCCAGACAUGACGUUUUGCAAUUACAGAUUUAUUCGGGAGUACACAAAAGGUGUCGAUGGAGAAUGGAUUUGCAACCGUUUGAACCAUUUCAAGUGGGGACAUUUCAUCAAAGCUAGCCCAUUCGCAUCCUAAAAUGGUUCAAAUUAUAUAUAUUAGAUAAAAUUGCAGAUUAAAGAUUUCAAGUUGAAAA